UUCUUCUUCUUCUUCUUACACCAACCCUUCACCCCAAUUCCCCCCCCCCAGUCACUUCGUCCAGCUUCUGCUAUUCUUUUUCUCUACACAAUCCUGUGUGCUUUUAUUUGAAACCUCCCUGUUGAACUACAAGUGCAAGUGCAGCAGCGCUUGAUCGACUGGUCGACUGGCGACUUGGUUUAUUCGCCUCCCCGUUCUCCUCUGCUUGAGAUAGGACGCCAUUCACAUUCUAUCCCGCGAGGAAUAGAGCUGUUUUAAAAGCAGUUGUCGAUGAUUUAAGGUGUGCAGAUGAGCUGCCUCAUUUUGACUCGCUGAAGAGAAACACCACAUUCGCUCCAUGAGCCGUAAGGAUCUCCUGCGAUUUCUCUCCAAGCCCGCAAAACCACGAUAACGAGCCUUUCGCAAACCCGCACGGGAAUACCAAAUCCCAACAUAACACUUCCAUUUUGUCUGUUUAUAUAAAGGCAGAUCUCCUCGUCUGCUGGACCCGAUACUUUUACAGGUAUCGGUAUCUUGCCAGUGCGGGGGUUCACGCAUCGGACUAGCCACAAUUCCCCAUCCCAGAGCUUUCUUCAUCCCCCUCUCCGCCAGACCCCCAUAACGCCUCUCUCGGGGCAGGUACCGCUACACAUCGGUUUUUACAUCUUGCUGGCAUAGGUUGCCAGCUGUCGUAGGCCUCCACACCAAAUUCGGGCCUUCCUCUAUCUCAGGCGGACACCGCAUUGUUCGUCUGGGUGGAAGAUUGUGCUUCAAUAACCAAAAGAGGUCUUUCGCUCGCGUCCAAGGGUCUUUUGCACGAAGCGGAAAGGGAGUAACCUUCCUCCAACUAUUUUUUUUUUUUGCUCUCUUUCUUUCUCCCUGUUAAAAUUUAUACCUGGAUUCCGUUUCGCGGCUUGGGAUAUGGUGAACAUCGAGAUCCUGAAGAAUUACACGGCAUCACCAUCUUCAUUCAUGGGGACGUCGUCCUUGACAAUUAAUCAUGAGGCUACCUUGGAUCUUGAUUCGAGCACUGCCUUUGAAGGGCCCGAAAAGCUUUUAGAGGUAUGGUUUGGUCCGUCUCCCCAGGACCUCCUCGGAUCGACAGAGCCUACAGGCCUCAAAGUUGUUCCGGUGGAGGUAUGGAAGGACAUGCUUGACCUUGUCAGCUGCAAAGUCUUGUCAAUCAUCGAAUCCGACGAUGUCGACGCUUACCUUCUCUCGGAAUCCAGCAUGUUUGUGUUCCCCCAUAAGCUCAUUCUCAAGACCUGUGGGACCACUACCCUGCUCUCUGGAUUGCCUCGCAUCCUCGAGAUUGCUGCCGUAUACGCCGGUUUCCCCAAGAAUACCGCCCCAGCUGGUCGUGGGAUCAAAACUGCGGCUGCUCCGUACCGCGUCUUCUAUAGCAGAAAAAACUUCUUGUUCCCUGAUCGCCAGCGCGGUCCCCAUCGUAGCUGGCGUGAUGAGGUCAAGGCGAUGGACCAGCUAUUCCUUGGAGGUAGCGCAUACAUGAUUGGCAAAAUGAAUGGAGAGCAUUGGUAUCUCUACCUGACCGAGCCGUAUACUGUGUUGACCCCACCGUCCACACCAAGCAAUGAUCCGCCGGUGAAGGUCCUCGAUUUCCCUGGGGAUCCCAAGACAGCAGACACUACUACUACUACUACUGCCAACUCGGCUAAGGAGGAAGAGGACGAGGAGGACGAGACUCUCGAGAUACUGAUGACUGACCUGGACGAGGAGAAUGCAAAACAAUUCUACCUCGACCAUGCGAGUGCGGUCGCAACCGAAGGCCAUCAUCGGAACAAGCAUCUCCAACAAGCAAAGGACAACAAUAACAACGACGAACACCUAGACGUCUUCAGCAACACCUCAGACUCAAGCGACGACCUGGGCUCAGAGAUGGAUCAACAAUCGCUGCCCCCCGAACUCACCACGGAAGGCCACGGCCUCGGCACCGUCGUGGCAGAAUCAUGCGGUCUCACUGACAUCUACCCGACAAGCAAGUAUCCCGGCGCCCGCGUCGACGCAUACCUCUUCACCCCAUGCGGAUUCUCCGCCAAUGGCGUCGUCCCGGCCCCUGCCCCUACUACAGAUGCAAACGAAGCUACAUCCAAGCCCAGCACCGGCUCACAUUACUUCACCGUCCAUGUUACACCCGAACCCCACUGCUCCUACGCCUCCUUCGAAACCAACGUCCCGCAACUCCAAAGCGGCCGCGAGACGUCCGAAAUCGUCGAGCAUGUCGUGGAUAUUUUCAAACCGGGCCGUUUUAGCGUGACGCUAUUUGAAGCUAAGAAGAAACCAGAUGCCACCACCGGCAUCACCAGUAACGGGACCGUGAAUGGAGAACACCACCAGAAGGACCAGCAAGACCACCAGCGCCAGGUGAAACGCGAUACCAAUGCGGCCGUGCGUAAUGAGAAGAUGGAGCGGAUCCCGGGGUAUCGCCGUGUUGAUCGCAUCGUGCAUGACUUGGAUGGGUACGAUCUUGUCUUCCGCUACUAUGAGCGGAAUGACUGGAGGGGCGGGGCGCCGCGGAUUGGGGAGCAUGUGUUUUAAGGGAGGGAAGGCGUGGAUGGGGUGUUUUGCAGUUGAGAGUUCUCAGUUCGUGGCUGUGAAGUGGAAUGAAUUUUUUUUCUUCUCUUUUCGGUUUUUGCUCGUUUAUUUUAUUUUAUUUUUUCUUUUCGGCUUUUGCGCUAACUUAUCUACUUGCUUGCUCAUUCUAAUGAUUCUCCUCUUAAUGAUGAUUUAUGUUAUUUUAUUUAUUUACUAGUUUUCUUGCUCAAAAAAAAAAAAAAAAAAAAAAAAAA